CAACCCUUUCUUCUUCACUACCACAAUCAAUCUUCGCAAACGUCGAAGUGCAGCUCAAGCUCUUCAUUUUCUUCAAUCAACUCUUACAACACUCGUGAAGCAUGUCUGGUCGCGGAAAAGGUGGCAAGGGUCUCGGCAAGGGCGGUGCUAAGCGUCACCGGAAGAUCUUGCGUGACAACAUUCAGGGUAUCACCAAGCCCGCUAUCCGACGCCUGGCACGUCGUGGAGGUGUCAAGCGUAUCUCUGGUCUUAUCUACGAAGAGACUCGCGGUGUACUCAAGAUAUUCCUUGAGAAUGUCAUUCGUGACUCUGUUACCUACACAGAGCAUGCUAAACGGAAAACUGUCACCGCUCUCGAUGUUGUCUACGCAUUGAAGCGCUCAGGGCGCACACUUUACGGUUUCGGAGCAUAAUUAUCCGCAUUUGUAUGGGAGCAUAUUUCUUUAUUGGAGCAGAACUCCAUGUUGGUAUCGACAUUUUUGUAUACUACAUAGUCUUAUUAUUGGCUUAUCAUUCCACAAUUCCACUAACUCAUGAGCAACCUUUCCACCGGGUUCCGAAUAUGCAAUGAUCCAUAUGUUUGUCCUUGUGAGAUAA